UCUACUUCUUGAUAGACCCUUCAGUGGAGCUGGCCUCCACUCCAACUAUCCCUUCCAGGGGACUGGGAAAUUUGCUGUACAUGAAACAAGGGAGGAAACCAGUCUGUGAAGAACUGUAAAGAUAUAUGACAUUUCCACGGACUUGGGGUUAAGUCUAAAUAUUGCAAAAGUGACUGUUGGCCCUGUUAAGCCUGCGGGUGGAUUUGCCGAAGACAGUGCCGCACAGAGUGAGGAGGUGUCAGGCCUCCAGGAGGUGGUGUCUUUGAAGGAGCGGAUGGCGAGGUACCAGGCAGCUGUUUCCAGGGGUGACUGCCGCAGUUCCUCUGCCAACAUGAUGGAGGAAUCAGAAAUGUGCCCAGUGCCUGCUGGUUUGGCCAGAAUGAAGAAACAAUUUGAGAAGGACAAAAUUCCUUCUUCCUGUAAUACCUUUUCUCAGUACCAGCACCAGCACCAGGACAGAUCUGAGCAGGAGGUGAUCCAUAGUAGCCAGGUCGACAUUUCAAGAAGCAGCCAGGAAAUGGAAGGAAAUGAACAAGAAUCUUCCAAAACACACAAAAUCGAUGUUCUUGGAACAGAAACGGUCUCUCAUCUUGAAAAGCACACUGAGGAAAUAAACCAAGCUUCUCAGUUCCAUCAAUAUAUUCAAGAAACAGUCAUUGAUACACAUGAGGAUGAAGACAUUCCGAAGAUUUCGGCUAAGGUUUUAAAAGAGCAAUUUGAAAAGUUUGCUCAGGAAAAGACCCUUUAUUCUGACAAAGAGACAGUCCCAGUCAAGCAGAUUAAUAAGAUUGAAAAUGAAUAUGAAGAGACUCUUAAGCCAUCAUCCAUUGUGGGUACCUCUUCGACUUCUUGUACUCCAAUCAGCCAGAGGAAGGAAACAUCGACCACACGAUCUAGUGACCACAGUGCCACUUCCUCAACACUGGUGCAAGAUAAUACCAUUCCUUCAGGAGGGACAGAAGAAUUUCCUCCUCCCCCACCUGGCAGCCUUCAAACUCCAAUAGAAGUGACGGCCUUUUCCCAGUCCCCUGAAUUCCCCAGCCCUCCUAGAAUGCCACCAGUCCCCAAAGAAUUAUAUUCUAAACAAAGAAAUUUGUAUGAGCUAAACCGUUUAUAUAAACACAUCCAUCCGGAGUUAAGGAAGAACUUAGAAAAAGAUUAUAUCAGUGAGGUUUCUGAGAUUGUUUCUAGUCAAGCGAAUCCAAGCAGCUCAGUUUCAGCAGAUGUUCAGCAAGCCCGGUAUGUUUUUGAAAACACAAAUGUCAGUUCUCAAAAAGGCCUGAACUCAGAAAGAGAACAUUUGGAGUGGGAUGAGAUUCUGAAGGGGGAGGUGCAGUCCAUGAGGUGGAUUUUUGAAAAUCAGCCAUUAGAGGCCAUCAACAAUGGCUCUCCAGAGGAAGGUAACAUCUCCAAGGGCAUUGCUGAUCAAGAAAUCAUUGCUGGUGGUGAUGUGAAAUAUACCACAUGGAUGUUUGAAACACAACCCAUAGACAUGCUGGGGGAUCAUUCUGCUGGCCCUGAAGAAAAAGCUGAGAAAAUUCCUGAGCUAGCCAGAGGGGAUGUUCGCACAGCCAGAUGGAUGUUUGAAACAAAGCCAUUAGAUUCAAUGAAUCAAAGUCAAGAAGAACCAGGGGUAUCUUCCAUAAAGGAUAUAAUUGGCGGGGAUGUCAAGAAUGUGAGAUACAUGUUUGAAACUCAACAUCUGGAUCAACUUGGACAGUUUCAUACAGUGGAUGAGGUUCACUUACUGCAGCUCAGGUCUGAGCUCCAAGAAAUUAAGGGAAAUGUUAAGCGAAGCAUAAAAUGUUUUGAAACUCAACCAUUCUAUGUUAUUAGAGAUGGUUUAGGUCAAAUGCUAGAAAUUAAAACUGUUCACAGAGAAGAUGUUGAAAAGGGGGAUGUGAGAACAGCACGUUGGAUGUUUGAAACACAGCCCUUGGACACAAUCAAUAAGGAUAUCACAGAAAUUAAAGUCAUCCGAGGAAUAUCCAUGGAAGAAAAGGUCAAAGGUGGGGUGAGUAGGGUAAAGUGGUUGUUUGAAACUCAGCCUUUGGAGAAAAUCAAAGAGUCAGAAGAGGACAUGAUUGAGAAGGAAACAGUUAUGGGUACAGAUGUCUCCAGAAAGUGUUGGAUGUUUGAAACACAGCCGUUAGACAUUCUAAAAGAUGUUCCCGACGCAGAUCCUGUAAGAUCUGAAGAGAUAAUAGGGGGCGAUGUACAAACUACCAAGCGUCUAUUUGAAACACUUCCAAUAGAAGCUUUAAAAGAUAGCCCUGAUGUAGGAAAACUUCAAAAAAUUACCACCUCUGAAGAAGAAAAGGGGGAUGUUAGGCACCAAAAGUGGAUUUUCGAAACCCAACCUCUGGAACAGAUUAGAGAAGAUAAAAAAGAGUACAUACGAACAGUGAAACUUGAAGAAGUUGACAGAGGAGAUGUCAGGAAUUACACAAAUAUCUUUGAGUCAAACAAUUUAAUUAAAUUUGAUGCAUCACAUAAGAUAGAGGUGGAAGGAGUCACAAGAGGUGCUGUAGAAUUAAAUAAAUCACUCUUUGAAACAACACCAUUAUAUGCUAUUCAAGAUCACCUUGGAAAAUACCAUCAGGUGAAGACAGUCCAGCAAGAAGAAAUCCUAAGAGGUGAUGUAAGAAGCUGCAGGUGGCUUUUUGAAACAAGGCCCAUUGACCAGUUUGAUGAAAGCAUUCAUAACUUUCAAAUAAUCAGAGGAAUAUCUGCUCAGGAAAUACAGACUGGAAAUGUGAAAUGUGCUAAGUGGCUGUUUGAAACCCAACCUCUUGAUUCAAUUACAUAUUUUAGUAACAAGGAAGAAGUAGAAGGUAAAACUGAACAAGCUACAGAUAUCGUUAAAGGGGAUGUCAAAACCUGUAGAUGGCUUUUUGAAACCCAGCCAAUGGAGUCUCUUUAUGAAAAAGUCUCAUUAAUGACUGACAGUGAAGAAAUUCCCAAGGGAGACGUCAAAGCCUGUACUUGGCUCUUCGAAACUCGGCCCCUCGAUACCAUAAAAGAUGACUCUGAAGAAACAGUCGAAUCACAGACUGUACAACAGGAGGAGAUCCAUGGUGCGGAUGUUCGCUCAGCGUGUUUUCUUUUUGAGACAGAAAAUCUGGACAGCAUACAAGGAGAAGAAGGAAAGGAAAUCAAGGCUGCGGAAGUAGAUAUCCAAGCUGGGGAUGUCUCCAGCAUGCGGCAUAAAUUUGAAAAUCAGUCCUUAGACUCUAUAAGUUCCAGUUCAGAGGAAGUUUUGAAAAAGAUCAAAACCCUAAAGACUGAAGAUAUUCAGAAAGGCAAUGUUUUAAAUUGCAGGUGGCUUUUUGAAAAUCAACCAAUUGAUACGAUAAAAGAAAGCCAAGAUGGUGAGGAAUUAGUUAAGACAGUGACAGACAUACAAGGUGGAGAUGUAAGAAAGGGGUGCUUUAUUUUUGAGACUUUUUCUUUAGAUGAGAUUAAAGAAGAAGCUGACUGUAUUAGCACCAAAAAACCAAUCACUGAAGAAGUAACAAAGGGUGGCGUAAAAAGCUAUAGAAUGCUCUUUGAAACCCAGCCCCUCUAUGCAAUUCAAGACCAAGAAGGGCAUUACCAUGAAGUGACAACAGUUAAAAAGGAAGAAGUACUUCAUGGAGAUGUACGAGGGACCAGGUGGCUUUUUGAAACAAAACCAUUAGACCUAAUUAAUCAAUCAGAGACUGUGUAUGUUAUUAAAUCUGUUACACAAGAAGACAUUCCGAAGGGAGAUGUUCGUUCUGUCAGAUACAGAUUUGAAACCCAGCCACUGGAUCAGAUUUCAGAAGAAUCACGUGAUAUUGUGCCCACUAUAGACUAUAUUCAAGGUGGAGAUGUAAAGACAAGUAAACAAUACUUUGAGUCUGACAAUUUUGAUAAGAAUACUUAUAUAAGAACAGUAAGUGUCAAUGAAAUACAAAAGGGCAAUGUUAAAACAUCUACCUGGCUGUUUGAAACCCAUAUGAUAGAUGAGCUGAGAGGAGAAGGGUCAGAAUAUAAAAAUAUCAAAACAGUCACCCAGGAAGAUAUGCAGAAAGGUGAUGUUAAGCAGGCAGUGUGGCUUUUUGAAAAUCAAACUUUGGAUUCUAUUAAGGAAGUAGAUGAAAGCAUUACAAAAAUCAUCAGGGAAGAAAUCCCUCCUUCUGAUGUGAAGACAACUACAUGGCUCUUUGAAACUACACCCCUUCAUGAAUUUAAUGAGAAUAGAGUUGAAAAGGUGGAAAUUAUUGGCAAGAGCAUUAAAGAAACCUUAGAAGAACUCUGCUCCCAAAAAGUUAUUGAGGCUCCUGGAAUCAUUAUUGAAGCUGAUGAAGUUGGGGAUGUUCGAAUGGCAAAAUAUAAGCUAAUGAAUCCAGCCUCUCCUGAGAUACAGAAAGAAGAAAUUAUCAGGGUUGAUCUCAAAAAUAUAAUGGUGAACUUACUUUCCAGAAGAGACCAUACAAAAAGAGAGAUUUUGGUUAGUGAAGAAGAGAGGGGAAAUGUUAAUUUGACCAAAAUGCAAUUACUAAAUAGAUCAACAGAAUUCCAUGCUGAGAAAGAAGACAUAGUGAGUGGUGAUGUACAACAAGCAAUAAAAAAUCUGUUCUCUGAGGAAACAUCUGUAAAGAAAGGCAUUUUAAUUCAGGAGGAUGAAAGUGGAGAUAUUAACAUGACUAUCUAUUGUCUUCUUCAUGAAAAUGCUGGUGACACGAUUAAGCGGGAAGAAGUAAUAGGCGGUGAUGUGAAACGUACCAUUCAUAAUUUGCUGUCCUCCCUCUCAGACAAUAAAAUAUCUGAAAGGGCUAAAAUCGAUGCCUCUGAGAGAGGGAAUGUACAGUUUUUCACAACAUGCAUAGAAACUGGAGCUUUGGAUUAUCUCAAACAACUCCAGACAGGGUCAAAUGAAACACUAAGAAUGAGGAAACAAGAAGGAGAGGAAGAAGUCAUUGGUGGCGAUGUAGAGGGCACGAAGCUGUUAUUAAAGAAAAGGCAGUUGCAGGUUGGACGUACUGUUAAUGAGACGGACAUCAUCCCAGGAGAUGUGCAAAAUGUGGUUAGGGUUUUCAUGACAGAGCCUCAGAGUACAUCUUGUAAGACAACCAAAGAAAUUAUAAAAGGUGAUUUGAAAUCAACCCUAAAUUCCCUCAGCCAGGCCAUAAAUCAAAAAACAGUAGCUAAAACAGAAGAAAUUAUAAAAGGUGACAUGCUGGCCACCCUCAAAACACUUAAGGAAUCAAACCACCCAUGGAAAGAAUCUAAACAGCCCAAUGCCAUCCCUGGUGAUAUUGAGAAAGCGAUCGAAUGCCUUGAGAAGACCACAAACACCAGGACAGAAAUCCUGAAAAAGGAGCUCAUCCGAGAUGACCUUGAAACGUCAUUAAGGAAUCUGAAAGAGACACAAAGAGCUUUCAAAGAGGUAGAUAAAAAAGCUGUAAUCAAAAAAGAUGUGCAAACUGUGAAGGCAGGAUCCUCAGAAGAGCAGAAAACAGAGAUUCAUCAGGUGGCUCUCCAAAGGGACAAAAAUAGUGUUUUUCAGCCGAGACCAGGACCACUUGAGCCGACAGCCAGGUGGCAAGGGGGAACAGACGCUCUUAAUCAAACGAGAGGUAAAUCUGAUCAUGGGAAUUUAAUAGAAGAAAGAAGUGAGGUUAAUCUUCCAAAAGCCCCCAAAGGCACCGUCAAGAUUGUCAUAGAUCGUGAACAAAACAAUGAUGCUCUUGAGAAAAGCCUUAGGAAACUAUCUAAUUCACAGCACAAAGCUAUUAAAACUGUGUUGGAAUCAGAGGACAGAAUGGGUGUCUGUGUUGACAUAACAGAUACAACAGAGCAGCAUGUUAGAGAUGUACAUAUGAACAGACAAUUGACUUCCACUGUGUUGGAUAAGGAAAACCUAAAAACCAAGGAAUCAGAAAGAGAACAGCAGAAGGAUGCUGACUUUAACUCUACCCAAUAUAUGGAUAGAACAGUUGGGAAUCAAAAGACUCAAACUUGGGAACAAAGGAACAACCACCAGAAGAAGACUGAGACUUUUCUUGUAAAUAACACUAAAAAUACUAAAAACACCAAAAUAUCUACAGAUACACAGAGCUCUAAGUCCCGUCCAACCCAGGGUCCAGUCAACAAGACACUUGGAAAACCUUGUGAAGUUUCAGGGGACCUUCAGAAGAAAACUUUGUCAAAGCAAGAAGUGCCGUAUUCUAGUAAAGAUGUAAAGAAAAAGAAUGUGAGCCCCCAACUAGUAUGGCAGACUUUGCCUGUAGAUCAAGACACAUCAAAUGUAACAGAAGUGGAAGUCACCCAAAAAAGCCACAAUAAAUUAAAGGCAACUGACAAAAAGCAGACCAAUGUUCAUCUGAAGAGCCAGGAUUUCCUAAUGAAGACAAAUACCUCUGCAGAUUUAAAAAUGGCGAUGGGAAUGUCCUUUAAUCCAGUCAACUUCAACCCUGAAAAUAGUGUAAAAGAAACUGAGUUCCCUCUUCCACCUCCACCUCCUCCGCCACUUUCCAAUGCAUCAUCUGAUACUGAAUUUCCUCUUCCUCCCCCACCUCCGUCAGUGAUACUGCCUGAAGAAAAUGUGUUUCCACUCUCACUGUCCGCAGAGAAGAUUAAGGCUGAAUUUGAAAGUUUCCCAGGCCUCCCUCUUCCUCCACCACCGGAAGCUGAGAAAUGUGAAAGGGAAUAUCCACCUGUGCUUGUACCUCCCCCUCCUCCAGCUCCGUCUCUGAAGCCAGCAGAUCUCCUUCCCUCCUCUGUUCAGGAAAAGCACAGAGGAGCAUUCUUAAACUAUUCCCAGGAAGAAGCCUCAAGCUCUCAGCAAACUCACUCUCAGACUAAAAUCAUAGCAGGAAAAUCAGGAGUCCUUGUGCCACCUCCCACACUCCCCAAACCCAAAUUGCCCAGGCAGGCAGAAGAUACGAAGAAUCUUCCUUCCCCGAAAGUUGGAUCCAGAAACUCCCUGCAAGAUAUUGAGUGUAAAAAUACUCUCUCAAAGGAUCAGAAAAGAGAAAUGAUGGCAACUAGCAGUGAACAGAAAGAGACAAAACAGAACAUAUGUAGAAAAAGUCUUGAUGAAAGAAAACAAUUAUCUAUGGAUUCUACAAGGUCUCUCUCACAGACACUUCCAGAACCAUCAUCACCCGAGGGAAAAACAGUAGCACCUCUUGUAAAAUCUCAUUCAGUUCCAGCAGGUUCAGGACAACCAAGUCCAAAACCUUACAUGAGAAAAUUUAAGACACCAUUAAUGAUUGCUGAAGAAAAAUACAGACAACAAAGAGAAGAGCUGGAAAAGCAGAAACAUGAGAGUUCUCGCUACAACAUCCUCAAAGCAGAAAGCCAAAAUCAAAACAUAUCGGAGUUGGAAAAGGAAGUGCUAUUAGGAACAGCAGAUGAGGAGAUUCCCCUACGUGGAGUGGAUUUAGGACUCUCUGUCGCUCAAUCCAACCCAGACUCUCAAAGUCAUUCCCAAGUACUAGGUGUGAGUAUUGAUGAUAUUAUUGAUGACCAGCUUUCCACAAUGCCACCAGUGACAGUGGCUGCCCAGAAGCUCCAACAUGUUCUUGCAGCCUCAGAAGACAAAGAUACCAUGAAAAAGGAAGUUUUACAGAGCUCAAGGGACAUGAUACAGUCUACAUCAGCUUGCAAAAUUAAACAGAGUCACAAAGAAUGUACCACACAAAAGACACAACAGACACAACAGAAGAAGUAUCUGGAGCAGUUGCCCCUACCCCAAAACAAGCCAGUGUCCCCAAGUUUCAAAGUUAAAACCAUCAAGCUUCCAACUCUAGAUCAUAAAUUAAAUGAGACAGAUCAAAGCUAUGAAAGCCAUAAAAAGAAAUCUGAAGUUGACGUUCAAACUGUUACCAGACAACAGUACCAGGAAAUGAAGAAAACAGAAGGAAGCACUGAGUAUAGUAAUAAGAAAUCUGUGACUGAAAAAUCUUAUCAGGUACCUAAGAAAGAGAAAACAGUAACAGUAAAAUUGCCUAUAGAACCCAUGGAGAAAAGCCACAAACAUAAGCUCAGUAUAGUUCAUGAGAAGCAAAGAGAAUUCAGAGAAUCAGAUGGUGAGCAACUUCCAGAAAGUAAAGAAACAAUUCAGGGACCACUGAUGACUGGUCCAAAGGAAGAGAGACUUACAGUUGAAAGAAAACAAGACCAAUUGAAUAAAUCAGCACAGAAGGUGGUCAUGCAAAUGGUUACUGAUGCACAUCUUGACUCCCAGACUCAGAAUAUUCAGCAAACACAGACUUCUGAAUAUCAAGUUGAGCAUAAAAAAUUGCCUCAGCUGUAUAAUAAUCUGCAGGAAGAAAAAUGUCUUGGAGUCAAGGGUCCAAAACAGAAACAAAUCUUUUCUAAUACUAAAGAUUCAAAGCAAGAGAUUACACAGAACAAAUCUUUAUUUUCCUCUGUGAAAGAAUCCCAGCAGGAUAAUGGAAAAUAUGCUGUGAACAUAUUGGAAUUCUUGAGAAAACGUGAAGAAAUACACCAGAUUUUGUCUAGGGUAAAGCAGUUUGAAGCGGAGCCAGAUAAAAAUGGCCUUAAGACAUUUCAGACAUUGUUAAGUAUUAUUCCAGUAUGGCUAUUAAGUGAAGAAAAAAGAAAAUACGGAGUUCGCAUUGCUGUGGAGAAUAACAUAGAGAAAAUCAAAGAAGAAAUCAUGCAUAUUAAAACUCAAGCAGAGGACAUGCUUGUGUCCUGUGAGAAUAUAAUUCAUACAGCCAUGACAUCCUCCAAGGCUGGAAUUCAGAAAAACAAACCUGCUAGGUUCAGUGAAACAUCAUCUAAAGUAUCUAGUGUUAAUGUCAGCUGUAACAAAAACACUGAACAGAAAGAAAAUACAAUCGUAGAAGAAACAGAGCACCAUCAAAGAGCAACACAUCAUGAAGCAACUGCUCAGAAUCAUGUGAAAACCCAUCCGGAGAUUAAACUAGAUGAUAGUAAGACUUCUCCUCCCUCCUUAAAAACACGCCCACCAUCACCAACUUUUAUAACAAUCGAGUCUACUGCCCGGCGAACAGAAACCUCUACUAAGGAUGAGCUUUCUCAGUCUCCUAAAAAGGACAGUUUACCUGAACCAUCAUCACCAGGAAGGCCCAUGUCACAAACAUCUACAAUUCACAGAGCAAAUGCCUCCCCUUCUCCACCCAGGAGUCGCUCAGAACAACUUGUCAAACUCAGAGACACCACUGCCAAGUUAUCCAGAGGUACCAUCCCAUGUUCAUCAGUAACCCCUGUCCCAAUUGUAGAGAAAAGGUCUGAGAUCAUCACAUCUCCUGCAACACUUUGUCACCAAAUUAAGAUAGAAACUUGUCAUAGGGACUCUCCACCUACAAUCACAAUACCGGUAAGUGUAAAUCAUGUCGAUAGUAGUUCCUUCAGAGAAUCCAUGGACGCUCAAGAGGAAGUUAGGAAAGUAGGGAAAAGGGCGACUUACGUUCACAAAGACAGAAUAAAUUCCUCUGGGUGUAUAGGGCCAGAUACCGAAUGUUUUGAUGCAGUUGAAAUCAUCCACAAAGUUGAAGGUCCCCUCAGGUCAGAAAACACACAGAGAUAUGAAGCAGCCAACCAAACUGUUCAAAUGGCUGAAAAUUUCAUGAAUGACCAUGAAAAUGAAGUAAACAGAUGGUUCAGGGAAUUUGAGGAUGGCCCAGUUUUUGAAGCAAAGUCGAAGAAAAGAGUUUAUGUAAAUGGAGAAGCAAACCAUAAUAUAACACAAGAAAGUCAUACAUUUUGUAAGGAGGAAUUUGGAUUAACAUCUUCAGAGAACACUAGUUUUACAGGCUUUUCAUGCAAUCAUCCUAGGGAACUACAAGAAAAAAUUCCUGUUAAGCAGUCUAGCAUACGCUCUGAAACAAGGUCCCUAAGUGAGCAUUUCUCAGGUGUGGAUGCAUUUGAGAGUCAAGUUGUGGGGUCGAAGAUGACAGUUUCUUCACCACAUAACUCAGAAGCUGGCAAAUCUGGCUUUGACUUCAAGCACGCCCCACCAACCUAUGAAGACGUCAUCGCUGGCCACAUUUUAGAUGUUUCUGAUUCACCUAAAGAACUCAGGAGGAAUUUUCAAGAGACGUGGCAGGAGAGUCAAAGAGUCUUUAAAAACCUGGGAUAUGCAACCUCAGAUGCUUCUGCAACAGAGAUGAGAACUGCCUUCCAAGAAGAAUCUGCAUUUAUAAGUGACAAGGAAAUAUGUAUACUUUGUCACAAGACAGUUUAUCCAGUGGAGUGCCUCGUAGCCGACAAGCAGAUUUUCCAUGAGUCCUGCUUCCGAUGCCACCACUGUAACAGUAAACUGAGUUUGGGAAAUUAUGCAUCACUGCAUGGACAAAUAUAUUGUAAACCACACUUUAAGCAACUUUUCAAAUCUAAAGGAAAUUAUGAUGAAGGUUUUGGACACAAACAGCAUAAAGACCGAUGGAAUUGCAAAAUUCAGAGCAGCUCAGUGGACUGUAUUCCUAAUGAAGCACCAAUUAUGUGUAAAAACAGUACAGAAAACACCCCCACACUUAGGGAUCUUAACAAACAUGUAGAUGCUGAUAACAGUGAAGGGCAAAGGGAUGAUCUGAGAAAAGUCAGGGAGAGGGGAAAAUUAAAAAUCAUUUGGCCCCCAUCCAGGGAGCUGCCUGAGAAAACCUUCCCCCUUGAGGAAGAACUCAAAAUGAGCAAACCGAAAUGGCCACCUGAAAUGACAGCCCCUGCAUCUGCUGAAGUUAAAGAUGAACUAAGAGAACACAAUAACACUCUGGAAAAUAAAGGACAAGAGCAAGAUACUUCUAUCUUUGAGGCAUGUCUGCAGCCCAUCCAUAUGUGUCAGAAAGAAGAUGUUACCAGAAUCCAAGAAAUGGAAGUAUACAAAGCAAGGCAAGAUGAGCAGGAAGGAAAUAAGAAUGUGCCAGAUAAGCUGAAUGAGGCUGAAGAAAUAAAGAAUAAGAGGAAAAGUGAAAUGGAUGUUAGCAAGAAUAAUAAUGGGGUUGUUCAGAUAGCUGAGAAGGAGAAAAAUGAACCAAGUAAUGAACUUGACUGUGCAGAAGUUAUACGGGUUACUGACACUGAUGAUGAGGUGGUACCAGAAAAUCAUAAAGAGAAUUUGAAUAAGAAUAAUAAUAACAAUUAUGUAGCAGUCUUGGAUCUGAAUAAUGGUGGGCAGAAGGCAUCUAUUUUAGAACUUCCUGAUCUAUUUCCACUGUCAAGUGAAGCCAACUGUGUUGCGAGUGACUAUGCGAUUGAAGACUUAGAAAGCGUAUCCAGAAUCUCUGAGUUACUCGGUGUGUUUGAACCUGAAGAGACAUCCUCGAGGACUGUCCCAGCUGUGGCUCUCGAGAAGCAGGCUGGCAGAGCUACUGCUGACAGGCCUGCGCAGUCUGCCCCCAAGUCAGUCCUCAGUGGCGGCUUAAGAGGAAAGAGGAACAGCUCAAUGGCCUCUCCUCCUAACACAAAUACCUUAAGCAUCACAGAAAACCACUCAGAUAACAAGAAUCUACGCUUCUUCUUUUCUAACACUAUGAAAAUUGCUGCUUUUUCCAAGAAGAAUGAGAACACUGAUUUAACAGAGUCUAUAGAUCCAAUUAAAAACAUGCCAUGUUUGUAUUUAAGAGGACUUGGGAGGAACAUCAAACACUGGCAUGGUGAAGAAGGAGCACCAGGAAACACAAGCUCUGACACUCUGAGCAGUGAAUGUGCAGCUAAGCCUUCGUUUCCCAGAGUGGAGGACCAGUUUGAACAACUCACUGUGGAAGAGCAAAUUAAAAGGAAUAGGUGCUACAGUGACACAGAGUAAAACAUCUCUGGCCACUUGGAGUACACACGCAGGCAUGGACUUGAGGGAUUUUGAUGACCUUUAGUAGAACUUGAAAGCUUAAUGUUCAGAAAUCUCAUGACUAUCACAAUGGGAUAUUCCUUGUGUUACACCGUAUGAUUUUCCCAAUUUGAACCUACUUUUAAUCUGAAUGGAAUGAAAAAAAAUGAAACAAUAUGGCGAUGUUUUCUGUCAAGUGGCACUUAAAUGUAUCGCUCUCUUUUUCAACAUGCCAGAGAGCAUCAUCAGGGAGAUUCUAUUCUGCUAAUGUUUAUCAUAAUUCUUAUACCUUCUCUAUAAUUUCUGCUGAAAUAAAAUUCAAUCACCUGGGAUACAAACCAAAA